AUGAGUCAACAAGAGUCUUCAAAAAGAAACAAAAGAGCAAAAAAUAAGACAUAUGCUAAACCUGGAUCAUUAUCAUUCUUGGCAAAUAAAAAACGACGUCUAUUGACAACAAAUGAAACUUUUCAAGCUAUAGAGUCAGAGAAAGGACAGCUGCUUAAAUUAAUUGAACAACAACCAGUAGCACCACAAUCUGAAGCUAAUGGACAAUCUGUAGAGGAGCAGUCUCGUGAACAGCCUCUUGAGCAGCCUCGUGAGCAACCUCUUGAGCAGCAACCUAUAGAGGAUCAAGUGCAAAUGAACUCUGUCACUCCUCCAACUGGUGAACAACCUGAAGAACAAUCUGAAGGUGUUUCCAGUAAAAACACAAGAGGUCAAACGCAAAUGCAUAAUGUACAUGCACGAAAAGAGCGUAAAUUGAUCUUAUUGAAUAGGCUAAAUCAACCAGUUGGUCCUACUGAGGACGUUGUGACAGAGUUAAGUAGCUUCCUAGGUACAUUGGCAAGAAAUGCGACUCUUUGCCCAUUUGAUAUAUUUGAUUGGAGGAGCAUGGUUACUAAAAAGGAUUUAUGGGAUUAUACUAAGGAGAAUUACAUUAUUCCUGAAGCUGCAAAAGAUUGGGCUUUGGUAACAAUUCGAGAGGCUUGGAGAAGGCAUAGAAGUGACUUGAAGAUAAAUUAUUACGAUCCAUAUGACAAUGAUGAAAUUCGAAUGGCAAAAAAGCCUGGUCAUAUUCCAGAAUGUCAGUUUAGAGAGCUCCUUAAAUAUUGGAAGUUUGAGAAAUUCAAGAAAAUGUCUGAAACAAAUACUAAGAACCGGAAAAAGGUGAUGAAUCCACACACAGCAGGCAAAAAGAGUUUUGCUUUAAUCCGUAGUAAAUUGGAAAAAGAAAAGGAAUUUGUAUCCGCUAAGGAGCUCGUUGUGGUCACAAGAAGAAGAAAACCUGGUCGUUUGUACAAGGCAUCGAAUGAGAACACAACUAGUAAAAUUGAAAUGCAAGAAAGGAUGCAAAAAAUGGAGAAACAAAUGGAAGAACAAAGGAGAACUAUGCAACAAGAAGUUAUUGCAGAUGUAGUUGCACAACUUCAGCAUGCAGGAUUAAUUGAUCCUAACAUACUAGCAGCAUUGUCUGUUCCUUCCCCAAGAGAAGCUACUUCUGCUCAAACAGCCGAGCAAGGUUUUGAUGAUAUCGAAGAAGGAGAUGAAAGUAGUACUGAAGACUUGACAUAGGAGCUGAAUUGAGUUGAUGUUAACUU